AUGCACCACGCUCUAUUUCUCCCUGACAUUACAUCUAAUAUCUUCGAGUUCCUAAUUCCGUUUCUAUCAGGACCCGAAGGAUCUCAUCAGCCCAAUCCACUUCGUCUGCAGGAUCUCGCAGCAGUUGCGACAACGUGCCAUGCGCUGAGCGGUCCAGCACUCGAUGUGCUAUGGGAUACUUUAGUAUGUUUCGGACCAUUGCUGAUGUGCAUGCCACCGUCCGUCAUUGAAGUUCGC